AUGCAACGACGGAGGCUACCUUCCCCGUGUCCUGAAGAUUUCACUAUUGGAUGGGUAUCCGCAAUUCCUGCUGAACUAGCCGCUGCCCAGGCUAUGUUUGAUGAAGUUUACGAGGAUCUAGACUCUAUCAAAGGAAUAGAGGCCAUAUACAGUUACGGGCGAAUCCAAGGGCACAAUGUCGUUGUGGGGCCUUUGCCAGACCGCGGAUACGGAAAGAUUUCGGCUGCCAUCAUGUCGACGAGGAUGGAGGCUGAUUUUCCCUCCAUCAAAUAUUUCUUGAUGGUAGGAAUUGGAGGUGGCGUUCCGAGUGCGGGUAAGGAUAUCAGGCUUGGGGACGUUGUGGUAGGUAUGGAGGUCGUACAAUACGACUUUGUAAAAGCCCACCCGGAUGGAAACAAAAGAAUUGGAGAUCCUAUGUCACCGUCAAGAACUUUGCGAACGGCAGUUGCCUCGGUCCGGGCGGCGAAUGGAAGGAACGAGUUUAACAUUUUGAAGUAUUCCGCUUUUUUCGAAAAGAAUCCGAUGUUGAACUCAUUCCCGCGUCAGCGAAGUGGCACCGGGUCACUUGGGGAUAUCAUUUACGAGGAUAUUCUAUACAAGGCAGAUUAUAUCCAUGCGCAAGAAGGUAAACUUUGCAAGGACCAUUGCGAUAAAAUUAAUAUAGUAACUCGAGAGCCGCGUGCGCGCGGUGGCAACCCUAAGGUUUACUAUGGAAAGAUAGCAUCUGGGGAUCAAGUUAUGAAAAACGGCAUUGAAAGAGAUAGGAUCAGCAAAGAUUCAGGAGGGACUCUUUGCUUCGAGAUGGAGGCCGCUGGGGUGAUGAGUUCUGUGGAUUGUCGAUGUCUCGUUAUUAGAGGCAUAUGCGAUUAUGCUGACUCACACAAGAACAAAGGUUGGCAAGAAUAUGCCGCAAUGGUGGCGGCAGCCUAUGCAAGAGAGAUAAUAAGUGUACUGCCUGCUCCUACAAAGCAACCGGUUAAUAGUCCUUUACCAGCUCGUGUUGGUGCGAUUUCGAAUGGUACGGGCUCAGGGGUUAUGGCACCCCAUUCUUCAGGGCGGAUUAUUUCAGAACCCUUUUUCAACCAUUCGCGGCUCCGAGACUACAAUCCGUCUACAAUUUACAUGAAGAACGUAAAUUUCGGAGAGUCAAUGACCGAGGAGUCUGGUACAAACAAACGAAAAAGACAGAGGGAGGAUCACUGUGGAUCUCGUGGGUGCGAAUCGAAAAGGUCUAAGGUGGGCCAAUAUAGGGGAGGUGACUGUUCUAGCGAAUCCAGUAGUGAAGGUGAAGAUGAUGAGGAGAGCGAUUCUGAUAGGGACGGCUUGGAUGGAGAUAGUGACAACAGUGAGCGUAAUGGCUUUUUAGAGCUAUAUCGUGAGCUAUAUAAUGGGGAGAGUUCUGAUGAUUUGGAGGAAGACCAUAUGGGAGUGGAUUCUAGCGAUUCGGGAGAAGAUAGAAACAGUGGCUUUGAUAGUUCAGAGGAAGAUGACAAUGACGACGAUGAUAUGUAG